AUGACGAAAAUAACAGAUGCAGCAACGAGACAGGCAGUUCAAAGUGCCUAUGACGCCGUUAGAGCAACUGUUGUGGAAAGUCAAGAAAAAGAGUUACAACAGACCAAAACAGACCUAGUAAAUGCUUUCUUAAAAACGAAAAGUCAGGUAGGACACUAUGCUGCAGAUGGAACAUAUGUGCCAGCUGGUGGAACUUAUAUACCAGCUGGUGGAACUUAUAUACUAGCUAGUGGAACCUAUAUACCACCAAACCCUCCAAGAGAAGCACCUGCACCAGGACUACCUAAAACAUUUACAUCGUCACAUGGACACAGACACAGGCAUGCACCAAAACCAACACAACAACCAACAGUUCAAAACCCAGCACAACAACAACAACCAGCACAACAACCACCUCCACAACCAGCACAGCAACCAACAGUUCAAAACCCUGCACAACAACAACCACAAACAGAACAAGGACAUAAAAGAAGUAGAGAACAAGGAAACCAAGAUUUCUUAAAAAUGCUUAAAGAAGACUAUGGUUACCCAGCUACUCUUGACUUUAGUGACAGAUAUAAAGAAGCUAUUAGAAAGUUCAAGGAAGGAAAUACUGACCCGAACCUAUUUAGCUUUAUGGUUCAGCACCAAAUGGGAUAUAAUUUCAAACCUGGAAAAUACAAGCUCGCUAAGGGAUAUGAUUUAAUAGCAUAUCAUCCAAAUGACAUGACUGAAUUUACUCCGAGAUAUUUGGUGUCAGAGCUAAAUGACAAUUCAACUCUCUUCAUGAAACGCGUAAAAAAUAGAGACGGAACGAAAGAAGAAAGGUUUAUGAGUCCGGAUGACUUAGAUAGGGAACUUGUUAAAAACGGUCUCGGAAUAUAUGAAAUGCCAGCAGAUGAGGUACAAGAAACUCCACAGGAAGAAGUUCAGAUACAACCAGACAUGGAAGAAAUAGUUCAGCAACAACAGCUAGAAGAGCCUGAAGGAAACGAACAAGUCCCUCCUUUGGAAACUAACUUCACAGAACUAGAUGAAGAUUUGGAACAGCCGAAAAAUCUUGACCCUCAACAAGAGUAUGAG